AAGACGUAAUCGCUUGAACUCGAAACAAAUGAGUGGGAGAAUAAUCAAUUGGCGAGAGAAAGCGACAUACAGAGUAUACAGUUAUGUUGUAGAUAUUGACAGAUGGAGGGUUCACAACAAACAUUCGAAUUCAGUGACGGAAAAAAUAAAGAAAAAAAGACAAAAUUUGGCUCCAUUUCAAGGUCAUCUCUCAUUCUACUUGGAACCAACAUUAUUUUAUCGUGUGUGAUCUUGAUCAUCACUAUAUUAGUACUUUCCGCUCAGAAAUCCUCCCAUGAUGAUAGAACCAAGAGUCACAGCACCGGAGAAGAUAUUGACGAGUCGGAUGCUGCAGUAUUGGAGAGGUUUCCUGGAUAUUUCCGGACUGAAGAGGAGCAGAGGAAGCUGGAAAGAGGUUUGCGUCGUCAUAUCCCUGUGAAUGAGACCUUGGAUGUAGCAAACUGUAAUUUCAGUGUUGUAAACACUAAUGACUUUCCUUGGUGUAAUCUUGUCCCUUCGCCAGAUGAAUAUCACUCCUGUUGUGUGUCAAAUAUCCAGUAUGUAUCUCCGGUCUAUAAAACAGAUACCAACGGUAUCAACAGGAAACUGGCCGUAUUCGAUAAUCAGAGACAGUAUUUCCGGUCUGAAACUUGCACUCAGCUGGGUGGAUGUAUGAUGUGUACCUGUCUCAAAGAAGAGGUAUUGUACACGGGAGUUUACGACACAGGAAAAAUAGGACAAAGCUCUAGGUAUGGAGUUGCCUGGUUCAAUUUCGAUGGAUGCUGCAAAUGCUACAACAACGUGCCAUAGCUGUCGUGAACCUAUCGCCCCAUCGCAAUUUCUUAGAACUGUAAUAUUGAUUAAGCGUGUGGACUUUCAAAACUUGAUCUUUAAAUUUACAAUAAGCAUCUCUGGAAGGUAGAUGUGAACCUGUAUCAAAUGUCUGCAAUAUCAACAACUUAUCCAGAUUGGAUGUAACGGAGGCGAACUCACGAUCGUAUGCGCAAUACGAAUAUUUUGUGUAAUAUAAUUUGUCGAUUAAAAUAAUUUAUCAAUUCAUUGUAGAAUUCUC